AGCCCGCGUUCAUCUGUGAGCCAUUACAAUCUCAACUCAACUCUCUUGAGGACUGCAAGAAAGGACGAAUUGGAAAGAUGAAACUGUACCUCGCUGCAGCUGUGUUGAUGCUUGUGCUGGCCGCACACACAGAGGCCCAGGAAGAGCCAACACUGGAGCAGCGUUUCGCCAGCUUCCACAGCCAGGUGAAGGAGAUUGCUGAUGACCUGACACAGAAGACCAAAAACACCUUUGACCAAAUUGAAAAAAGUGAAUUUGCUGUCAAAACCAAGAACUGGUUUACUGAGCAGUUUGAGAAGGUGAAGCAGAAAAUGUCCGAAAGCUUCAAUUAAUAAAAAACAGCGCCCCACACUCUUCAUAAAACUUCUUUGUGUCAAUUGGCGCAAAGGUUACAAUGAGCUGUCCUCAUCUGCGUGUCAUUUGUGUAAUCUGUACAAUAGUUCAUGUUUUGUGGAAUGUUGGUAAAUAUUCUGGAGAAAUCUAAAAAUAAAUUCAGGAUUUUUUCCCCAAAUGAAUAAACAGUAAAAUAGUA